AUGACACUUAAACAACAACAAAUAUGUUGUGGAGGUGGCAGUAGUCGAAGUAAACAUCAUCAUCAGAUACUGGCACCAACAAUAACAACAACAACAACAUGUAUAUUGCUCAUUCUUUUAUUGUUCUGUAACAUUACAUACUCAAAGCAGGAGGAUUCAACUUUGAAGACACAGUCACAGACAGCAGCUUCAACCUCAGAUUAUAGCUUAUCAUCAUCUUCAUUGACAUCGAGUGGAAGCACAGCAGCGGAUAAUAUUGAUGCACAUCUACGCAACUUGACGAAUGUGGACAACACUCACUUUGCAUUCCCAAGAAAUAUCACUAGACUCUUCAAAGGAGACUGGAACAUUAGCAGUGCGCUGCCUUCCAGCCAGGUGUUCUCAUUCGACAGACAGUCGGGCCAGACCAUAUUCUCACUGCUCAACAUCCAUCGUUAUCCAUCACUCACAUUCGAUAGUGUCGAGGGUGAGAUGAUCAUUCGCGACGGUGUCUACUCAUCGGACAACUCAAAGAAAUACCUCAUGGUUGGAAUAUAUGAAUUCGAACUUGGUCUAGCAACAUUGGUCGCAUUCCCUCAUCAAUACGGGAUAUUCACAGCACCAAUGCAACUCAAUAUUACAAAUGCGACGACAGCUGACAAUGCCAAGGCACAGAUGGGACAGUGGAUGCUCAACUCAACGUCGACAGAUGAAUGUUUACUUCAGGUUACAUACCAGUUCGAAUCAAACAAUACCAACUCCAACGUCAAUCAAAAUGAGGACAUGGAAGAAGAGGAUGAGCAUCUAUUCAAAGUUAAUGGACAGUACACUAGCAAUCUUUGUAAGAUUGAUUUGACCAUCGAUGCAUCAUCAAUCAUAAUGAGCAUAUACCGUGCCAAAUGGGUCAACUAUGUGAUCAUGGUAUCACUAUGUUCAUUCGUACAGAUAUUCGUAUUGAUCAAACAGAUGGACAACUCUGGUACACAGGCUGGCGCUGCCAAGGUAUCACUAUACACCGUCGGCAUGCAAGCCAUCAUGGAUGCAUAUCUCUUCCUACUUCACUUGACAGGUGGAGUUGUCUUUGAAUCACUCUUCAAUGCAUUCGCCACAGCAGCCUUCUUCCAAUUCAUCACUUUCUCAUUGUUCGAGAUGCGAUAUCUAUUGAUCAUACUCAAGGCCAACAUACCACAGACUGCUGCCGAGGGCUGGGAUGCACUUCGCAGAGAGUUCUCAUUGUUCUAUUUAAAGUUCUACACAAUAAUGAUAUUGAUUAUAAUGGUUAUAUACUAUGUCAGCUCACUAUUCCAGGUGAUACUAUUCAUACUCUUCUCCUAUUGGGUACCACAGAUAUGGUCCAAUGUGUACAGAUCAACACGAAGACCUUUCAUUUGGUCUUAUGUACUUGGAAUGUCAAUCACCAGAUUAUCAUUGCCACUGUACUUCUAUGGAUGUCCAAACAACUUCUUCUCCAUCAAACCAAACUUUGCCUACUGUGCUAUUAUGGUGAUAUGGACAUGUAUCCAAGUGUUGACUCUAUGGCUACAGGACAAAUACGGACCACAAUUCUUUGUUCCAAAGAGAUUCUUGCCACCAAAGUAUCAGUAUACAAGACCAAUAAGCAACUCUAUAAGGAACAGAGAGGAGGGACAAGGAUGUGUUAUAUGCAUCAACGAUAUAGAGGAGAAUGACUCUGAGUAUAUGAUAACACCAUGCGACCAUCUAUUCCAUGAGCGAUGUCUACUACGCUGGAUGGACUUUAAGAUGGAGUGUCCAACAUGCCGCAGGCCAAUACCUGCUCCAUAA